CAGUGAUGGAGGGCAGACCGAACAGGGGCCGCGGUGGUCAGUGGAGAAGAGGCGGCGGUGCUGGCGGUAGUGACACUGGGAGUACCGGAGAGCGGAGGGGGCGCGGGAGAGGCAGCUAUCACCGCGGGAGAGGGAAACGGGACCAUUAUCGCGGAAGAGGCCGCGGGCUUCCCCAGGAUGGCGCUACAGACUUUUAUCGCCGAGGUCAAGAUGAACAGGAUGAUAAAGAAAACAAUGAAGAAGAGAUGCCAGCAGUCUAUUCAAGAAGAAAGCUGGAGUCCAACUGGGAUCGUUAUGCGGAAUCAGAGAAAGAUGAGGUGAAUGACGAUGUCCCUGUGCAGAGAGGAACAGACUAUCACGUCCUCCUCAGUUCCGCAGGCGACUCCUUCACACAGUUCAGGUUUUCUGAGGAGAAAGACUGGGAGGUGGAUUCACUAGGAACUAAUCAGGUUCCAGCUCUCUUUGUGGACCUGGAAGUUUUAGCUGUUUCUCUUCAGGAGCUGCCAUUGCACCAGAGGCUUGACCUGGAGCCCAGUCUUGUUCAGGAAGUGACUCCAGUAGAACUCCCCUCAUUAGGACUGAACAAAGUAGAUCCUAUACUCUGUGGAUUUAAGCCUUCUGCUCCAGCACACUCGGGUAAAGAGGCAGUCACACAUGGAUCUCAUCCUGUAAAGCCUGUUUUGGGCACUAGCAUGUGCUCUUACAGCAACACUGCAGUGACCAUCCCCACGGACAAUGCGGAUGAGGAGCUGGAUCUUCUCCUAGGACUACAGAAACCGGUCACAGGCCUUUCUUUAGCCGAGUCAGAACCUUCAGAUCCUUUAGAGGAAGUGAUAGCUGUCUCAGAGAAAGCUGCAUCAGUGGUGGAGGAAAAUGAGGAACAGGUGAUUAAUCAGGCAAAAUCAGAUAAAGAAGAUACUAGCAGGAACCAGCAGAAGCCUGAAGAGUUGCAGCAUAAAUCCGAGCCAGUGAAGCAGGAGAUGACUGAGGAAGAUCUUGAAGACUGGCUAGACAGUAUGAUCUCUUAAACAAGCGAGCGCAGCUCUUGAGUGUGUUGAAAUGCAGUUCUGGACCUGAAAAAUUAGACCGCUGCUAAUUGCAAAUACACAUACAUGUUUCUAAGGUCCUCCUGAUGACGCCUUAUCUCCUAGCUUCCAUGAACAAAUUAAAUCGAGAAAGCAAAUAACAUGCUGUGUUACUAAAGAGGUCGUUACUGAUGUAGGAUGUGAAUCAGUGCAGUCUGGAUUAUGAGCUGUGUAUCUGUGCAGUAAAUGACAGGCAGAAUUUAUUGCAUUGAUCUCUUUAUUGUGUUUUUGUCGU